AUGUCCUCCUCGACUACGACCGUCUACGCAAUCUCCGGCGCCUCGCGCGGCAUUGGCUUCGCCAUCACCUCCCUCCUCGCCCAACGCGACAAUGUCCUCAUCUUUGCCGGCGCUCGCGACCCCGCCAGCUCGGCCCCGCUCAAGGCGCUCGCUGAAAAGACGGGCAAGGUUGUCCCCGUCAAGCUCGAGUCGGCCAACGAGGACGACGCUGCUGCUCUCGCCAAGCUCGUCGAGCAACAGGCGGGCCACGUUGACUACGUGAUCGCCAACGCUGGCAUCGCUGAGGACUUCAACAUCCCCGUCUUCUCCGUCCCCGCGGCCUCCUUCACGAAGCAAUUCACGGUCAACACCCUCGGCCCCCUCGUCCUCCUCCAGCACCUUUACCCUCUCCUUACCAAGUCGUCCAAGCCCCGCUUCUUUGUGGUUUCCUCCGUCGCCGGCUCGACCACCUUCGCAGCGGGCUCGCCUCUCAUCUUCUCUCCCUACGCCGUCUCCAAGGCCUCAGUCAACCAUCUCGUCGCCCACAUUGCGCGCGAAGGCGAGAAGGACAACCUCGUCGCAACCCUCGUCCAUCCAGGCAUGGUAUUGAGUCAGAUGGGGAUCGCUGCGUUGAAGGGCAUGGGAAUCCCCGAGGGCGAGGAGAUUCCUGGCAUCCCCGCCAUCACGCCUGACGAGAGCGCGACCGCGUUGGUCAAGAUCUUCGACGAGGCGAAGCGCGAGACGCACAACGGCAAGUUCUUGUCGUACGACGGAUCCGAGAUCCCCUGGUAG